ACAUGGAAACUAUGAGUCCCACCCACAGCAGCUUAAGUACAGUCAAGGCUGCUGCGGCUGGUCAAACAAAUACGUCCUCCAGGAAGAGACUCCAAGCAGACUAAACCAUGAGCUACCCUGGAUACCCCCCUCAGGCAGGCGGAUACCCACCACAGCCUGGGGCUUACCCUCCACAACCUGGUGCCUACCCACCUCAGCCUGGAGCUUACCCUCCCCAAGCUGGAGGCUACCCUCCACAGGCAGGAGGCUAUCCUCCUCAACCUGGUGGCUAUCCCCCUCAACCUGGUGGCUAUCCCCCACAGGCAGGAGGCUAUCCUCCACAGGCAGGGGGCUAUCCACCACAGGCCGGUGGCUACCCACAGGCACCACCACAAGGCAGCUGGGGAGGCGGCCCUGUUGGUGGAUAUCCCUCCAUCGGUCUUGACAAUCUAUCCAACCCUGGAUACAAUGCCAUGGCAAACCAGAUCCCUGCAGGCAUGGGGGGUUUUACUCAAAACCCGUCCAUGUUCGCCCAAGCCCCCGGGGGGUACCCACCUGCCACUCAGCCUAGCGGGUAUGGUGCCCCCAUCCCUAACCAACAGUCAUAUGGCCUGUACCCACAGCCAGGAGGGAGCAUGCCAGCCCCCCAAGGCCCAGGGAUGGGCUACCCUGGUCAGCCCGGCCAGCCAAUGCCCGGGUACCCCCGUGCACCUUCACCCAACCCACCCAUGCCUGGUUAUGGAGGAGCACAAGCACCUAUGCCAAAUUACCCUAAGGUCCCUUCUCCAAAUCCGUCCAUGCCAGCGUAUGGAGGAGGAGGAGCCAUGCCGAUAGCUCCACCUGUCAAUAGAGGAUUCAGGGGAACAAUCAAGGACUUUCCUGGAGCUGACCCACUUAAAGAUGUGGAGGUCCUGAGGAAGGCUAUGAAGGGCUUUGGAACUGACGAGCAAGCCAUCAUCGACUUACUGGGUAGUCGCUCCAACAAGCAGCGUGUGCCUCUGCCCCGAGCCUACAAAACUUCCUAUGGAAAGGAUCUGAUUAAGGACUUGCAUUCAGAGCUGUCCGGAGACUUCAGGAAGCUGGUCAUGGCCAUGUUGAAGGCCCCAGCUGAGUUUGAUGCCAGCGAGCUCCACAAUGCCAUAAAGGGAGCUGGAACCGAUGAAGCCUGUCUGAUAGAGAUCCUGUCUUCUCGCUCCAACAGUGAAAUCAAGGAGAUAAACCGUAUCUACAAACAAGAAUACAAGAAGUCACUGGAGGAUGCCAUUAGUGGGGAUACUUCAGGCCACUUCCGCAGGCUCCUGAUCUCUCUUGCCCAGGGUAAUCGUGAUGAACGAGAGCAUGUUGACAUCUCUCUGGCUAAACAAGAUGCUCAGGCCCUGUAUGCUGCUGGGGAAAACAAGCUGGGAACAGAUGAGUCCAAGUUUAAUGCUAUUUUGUGUGCCAGGAGCAAACCCCACCUCAGAGCAGUGUUUCUUCAGUACCAGCAGAUGUGUGGCCGGGAUAUUGAGAAGAGCAUCGGCAGGGAGAUGUCCGGAGACCUUGAGAGUGGCAUGUUGGCAGUGGUGAAGUGCAUUAAGAACACACCUGCCUACUUUGCUGAGAGACUUUACAAGGCCAUGAAGGGUGCUGGGACCAAAGACACAACCCUGAUCCGGAUCAUGGUCUCCCGUUCCGAGGUGGACAUGCUGGAUAUCCGCCAGGAGUAUGUUAAAAACUACGGCAAGUCGCUGUACACGCACAUCUCUGGAGACACAUCAGGAGACUACAAGAAGCUCCUAUUGAAGCUCUGCGGGGGCAGCGACUGAAAAGGACACAGUGACUACUACAGUAUAGAUUAUAUUCUAUAAAUAUCAGUUUUCGGCCAUAUCUAUAUGCACUAUACACAAACCGCAAACCUGCAUGCCAUGCCAGUACUAUCAAUGCAAUGUUUACCUAGUUUUAAAAACUGCAUAUAUAUCUUCAUGCUGUGUCUUUUCCUUUUACAAUAUGCAGAAAAAGGUUUUAUAUUUUUUUCACUUGUGAUAUCUCUGUUGGAUAUUUGAGUUGAACACACAUGGCCAUACGAUAGAUAUGAAAGAGAUUACAUUUGACUUUUUAGAGCUAUAUAUUUUUAAGAUAUUUUAUAUCAAUUUUGCCAAUGUGGUCAGAUAUCUUAGUUAUCUGGCACGUGUACCAGCUAAUUCUGUAUCGUUCAGCAAUGCUGAAUGAAGUAUGAGACGUGGAAUACAUAGCAGCUAAGUACCAAAGUUGUCUGUUAAUGUUUGCGAUUGUAUAAUCUCUCCUAUAUUUUGUCUACGCUAUCUUUUUUUGUUUAUCGUAGUUGUGCUGUAUGUGCAUCACAUGCUUUAAUUUGUGCAUUGUGUAUCCGUUAUUGUAGCAUGUAAAAGUCAAACAUCACAUUUCAUAAAUUGUGGGUUGAUUUUAUCCUCAUGAGUAAGAGAAAAUAAAUAAUGAGAACACGUGCA